AUGGUGGUGAAGGCGACGGCGCCUAAGAUGGACCGCAACGGCUACUUCUUCUACGCGACGUCGACGGCCAGGAAGAAGAGGAUCAGCCUCAUGCAGCCGCGGCCGCCGCGGGUAGCUUUCGCCGAGGACAAGCGGAGGCCGGGCCUGGCCGAGAGGAUCAGUGCGCCGCCGCCCGCCGUCGGUGACGGACGUGCACCCAUGACGCACCGCGCGCCGAGCGACGCGCCACGCGCGCGCUUGUACACGCAACUCGAAAGUUACCAGCCGCGCUAUCACACGAUAAGGGAAAGCAGUGAUAAGAGAGUGGAAAGUGACAGGAGGAGGAGGCGCGACACACGGAUCGCCGGACCCCAGCCCAGCCAAAGGUCGCAUGUUCGUAUCCCGGUUGUGCCGCAGAUGUUCCUAUCUGGAGGCAAAUUGUCCUGCUCUUACGCGAUGUACGGCGAGAAACUCCUCAUCUGUCACAUUUCCGAC